GUUGCUUUUUAUUGAUGUGAUCAUUUCUGACUGAUGGAGUUUGUGGAGUAUAUCAAAUCACCGCGUGUUGACAAUGUGUAUCUCAAGCGCAGAGGAUUAGCUUAUCUGGAAGGAACUUUGUGCGUGACAGGUCAUCACUUGAUCUUCUCUUCUAGAACAGAACACAAGGAUGAGCUCAUUGUAAGUCACUUACUAAUAACAAUAGCUAGCAAAUCAUUUUCAUACGAACUGAUUGAGUUACUUGAAAAGAUUACAAAGUAUUCAGAGUCAAACUUUACACCUUGUUGGAUAAGUAAUGUAGCAUUCAACAGUUUCAUCCAAAAUUAUGCUAUCUUAGAUAGAGAUCUACAAGCAAAAAAUACAAAUCUGAGAUAUCCUUUUUUCUACCGACACCUAAGAGCCAUUGAUGAAGAUGGUUGGGAUUUAUUUAGUACAGAAAUGGAAUUCUCAAAACUCUCUGCAUUGACACAGGGCUGGAGAAUCAGUCAUGUGAACAGUAAUUAUGAGGUAUGCCCAAGCUAUCCAGCUAGUGUUGUAGUACCUGCAAAGAUGUCAGAUGAUACUCUGAAGGCAUCUGCUCAGUUUAGACAGUCUGGAAGAUUUCCUGUUCUUAGCUACUAUCACAAACGAAAUGGGGUUGUUCUUUUAAGAUGUGGUCAGCCAUUAACUGCGAUAGGAAGCAAGAGAAGUCGUGAAGAUGAGAGAUUGGUCAAUGCUACUUUAGGUGGUGAAACUAAAGGAGUUAUUAUUGACACAAGAUCCUCCACUGCUGCCAUGAACAGCAGAAGCAAAGGAGGAGGAGUGGAGCCAGAGUCACAUUACCCGCAGUGGAAGAGAGUUAAUCAAGGCAUUGAGAGAUACCCAGCGCUCAUUGAUAGUAUUGCAAAACUUGCUGAAGCCAGUUUGGAUCAAAAACUCAGCAUGAACUCAUGGCUGUCAAAACUUGAAGCAAGCUCCUGGUUGGAUUAUGUUCAAAGUGUUUUAUCAACAGCUUGUUACAUAGCACAAUGCUUGGAUACACAAGGCACAACUGUGUUAGUACAUGGUGAUGCUGGAACGGAUGCGACGUUACAAGUGACAUCAUUAACACAGGUUCUGUUGGACCCUCAUUGUAGAACAAUAAAGGGGUUUGAAGGGCUGAUUGACAGAGAAUGGCUGCGUGGUGGCCAUCCAUUCGCGGAGCGGUGCGUCAAAGUAGGUUUGUCUACAAGUAGGUACAAGGGACAAGGCCCAGUUUUUCUCCUCUUCUUGGACUGUGUUUGGCAGAUUUACCAGCAGUUUCCAUGUUCUUUUGAAUUCAAUGAUCGCUUUCUCAUCGCACUUUUUGAACAUGCAUAUUCCUCACAAUUCGGUACGUUUUUAUGCAAUAACGAAGGGGAGAGACAAGCAGCAAAGCUAAAAUCCAAGACUAUUUCUUUAUGGUCGUAUCUGAACCAAGCAGAUAUCCUGAAGCCUCUGUUAAAUCCUAUGUACGAACCCAACAACUCUGUUCUGUGGCCUUCUGUAGCGUCUCAAAGUCUUGUCCUGUGGCCAGGUUUAUUUUUAAAGUGGAGAGAAUCUAACAAGAAUGAAGAUAUCUUAUGGGAAGAAGUACGAAGAAUACAAGCAAUAAAUAUGGACCUGAAAAGCAAGGCUAUAUCGCUAAGAAGAGAAUAUGCCGAACUUCAAGCUAAAGUACUGGAAGAGAGAAGAAAAUGGCAAGAAGAGCGAGAUAAAAGAGAAGACCAAGGCUUGUAAGGAGAGAACUGUGGUCAAACUGAUGUUGCGCGCCUUCAGUUAGAAAUGUGAAAGACGAAUAGAUAAGUACUGCGAUCUUCGCUGGCAUUAGAAGAGAUAUACAAAUUUACCUUUUCUCUCCAAGGCGUUUCCAAAGAAUAGUUUCUCCGAACAAUAUUAAUGUACUAUCAAGAAGACAGGUGAUGAGAUUGAAGAAAAUAUAAUCAAGGGUAAACAUUUUGAUUUAACAACCAAUUCUCGUGACUAACAUUUUGAAACUUUGCAGGGGGGACUGCGGGAAUUACUACAGUUCAGGUAAUGGGAGGGAAAGUGGUAACAAAGAUCGAAAUGAAACCAUGUCAGCGGUAAAGAGUUGAAAUAGACCAGAGGUAGAUCAGAGGAUCAGUUCUCCACGUUGGUACUCAAGUUAUACUGAGACCGGCUGCCAUCAGCAACAACAACAACAACAACAAAACUUUCUCUUCGUGUUCUCUACAUUUUACAAAUUAUAGGAAAUUUUACACGUAAUGAAAACCAAAAAAACAGUAAUAGUUAAAAUGGUAAAAAAAUUAUCACAGAUCAAAUAUUGUUAACGGAGAGGGCAUAGCCAUUUGGAAAUAGCGAAUGUUAGUAUAUACUAAAACCGAGUAUAGCGUUCUGGUUGGCUACUAGAAUUCCUUACAUCCCUUGAUGGUCACCUCCAUGCAACUCGUAUGAGAUUUGCGCCCGAAAAUAUUUUUAUCGUUUCAGGAAUAAAUUAGUUCAAAUCAUCUCUUUGAGCGAUAUUAUCUCAAUGUGUUAUUAUAUAUUAAGACAACCACUCACCUCGGAGUGGGUGACAAGUGGUGGAUAUUUAAUUCGCGGCUCCGCGGCUCGAUGAACAUUUACUACUAGCCACCGACACUGAGGUAAAUAGCGGUUAAUUAUUUAGACGAGGUGACUAGGCCAUGCAUCUGUAUAUUUAAAAAAAUGCGGGAGAAAUUGGACAUGCGCCUAGUCAAGUGUUCGAGCACAAGGACUGUGCAUUCAUUGUAGUAUUACUACUUAAAAACUAGAUGAGAGCUCCAAAUUUCUGUGGUGUGAUAGUGAGGGUGAGGCUGAUUCAACUAUCGUGAAUAAAAAAUUGAGAGCGAAUAAACGAAUUGAUCUGUAAAAAUCAAUAAGUUUUUCAAAACUUGAUAACAAUAUAGUCUCGUCGUUUUUAAAAUUAUUUUUUAACAACUACAUGACUUCCGAUAAACUUCUGUUCUAUUAACUGA